UAAUUUAUUUCGGAGAUGUGUGCUGCUUAAGCUGAUUUGUCCCUAUUCUACCCAAUUUAUCUCUCUCUCACUCACGUCAGCAAUAUCACAUCAUUUACUUGAAUUAUUGUUUUUGUUAUACUUGGGGGGAUGUAGUAAUGAAUGUGCAAACGCAUGUGAUAAUUUUCUUCAAUUGCGCGCAUUGGACACACAUUUAAUACACAGUAGUUCCACAAUAUAUAUUGACGGUGACAUACACAUUGUGAAGUGAAUGUGAUUUGAUUCGGUUUUCGACACUUGGUUGCAACAAUCCACAAUAAGCUUUGAUCAAAACGAACUAUUAUAACGAGAGACCGAGAAAACAAAGGUGAAAGAAUUCUUAUUGUAUAUUUUAAGUGUUAUGUGUGCACAUGUAACGUGUUACUUGAACAACAACGAAACCAAAAAUCUUUUGCAGCAGCUAUUCAAAACGAAAAUAACCAAAGCAUUAUCAUUCCGGGAAAUCGAAUGCGUAAACACGAUUUUAUUUUUCGCAUUACAACACAAUUGGAUACAGUGAUCAGAAUUUAGCAUAUUCAAUUUUUGUCAUAAUAAUCAGAUGCGAGUGUUUGAGAGAUGUUUGCUCGCAAAUUUGUUAUACUUAAUUUAAUCGUACAUGUGCUUACUGUGAUUAGCUAUGUUGAUGUUGCGCACGCACUACGUUGCAAUCGCGAACCAGAAGGUACGGGCGCCAGACGAUCACCAUCAACUGGUAACUUUCGACUUCGAUUUUCCGACGAUUCGAAUUUAUAUAAACCAGGUAGACCGUAUACGGUCUUCCUUGAACGAAGUAGUAAUGCUGUUCGAGGUCGAGAUCGACCUCAACCGAAAUUUACCGCAUUUGUUGUAGCCGUUGAAACAAAAAAUAGUUUGCCGGGAAAAUAUGCAGAAGAAUUUUCGCCAGAUAAGCAUGGUACAUUUAGAAUAGAAGCAGGUAAUAUACUGGGGAAAUUGAUGUGCGGUAAUGUGGUGACACAUACAAGUGAAACAGCAAAGAGUGAAAUUUAUGUGAAUUGGACGGCACCGGCACCGGGCAGUGGUUGUGUUACAUUUCGUGCAACAAUUAUUGAACACCGAGAUGUUUGGUACAUGGACGAUGGUCCGUUGACUAAAGAAAUUUGUGAAGAUGAACAAGUACAAGACGACAUCAUUUCAAAUGUGCUUGAAGAAUGUUGUGCGUGCAGUGAAGCCAAAUAUGAGCUAACAUUCGAAGGAUUAUGGUCACGUAAUACGCACCCAAAAGAUUUUCCACAAAAUGUGUACACCACGAAGUUUGGUGACAUUAUUGGUGCAACACAUACUGUUGGCAAUGGUUUCUGGGCAAAUGGCGUUUUUGCAAGUGAAGGUUUGAAGGAGGUAGCUGAAAUGGGUAUUACUCGAACAAUUGAAAGUGAAUUGAAAAAUAAGAGCGAUAACAUUCGUACGAUCAUCAAAGCACGUGGUUUAUCGUAUCCAAAUAUAACCGGUAAAACUUUUGCUGUGUUUCGUGUUGAUCGUGAACAUCAUUUGGUUUCGUUUGUAUCGAUGAUAUCACCAUCCCCUGAUUGGUUUGUUGGAAUAUCAUCAUUUGAAUUAUGCUUACGGGAUUGUACGUGGCUCGAGAGUAAAGUUAUCGAUCUUUAUCCAUGGGAUGCUGGCACUGACAAAGGCACCACAUAUGAUUCACCUGAUCAACCAUCAAAACCGCAGGAAUAUAUUCGCCACAUAACAUCUGAAUCGCCAAACAAUCCUGAAUCGCCAUUCUAUAGUCCAAACGGUUCCAAAAUGAAGCCACUUGCCCGAUUGACAUUGUUACGGCAACGUUUAUACGAGAAAAACUGUACAGCUGAUCAAUCAGCAAGUGAUGAUUGUCAGGUGGGUGAAUAUAGUGGUUGGGGCGAAUGUACGGGGGCUGUUUGUGGUGGAACUGGUAAACAAUAUCGACAGCGAUAUUAUAAAAAUCCGGAUAAAGCAGCCAAAUGCCAUCGGAAAUUGUUUGAAACAAGAGCGUGCCUCAUGCCAAACUGCACUUAUGAAAACGAGGAAAACUCACAGAACGAUCCGGACUGCGAAGGCAAGGUUUAUUAUAGUGAUUGGUCAAAAUGCGUUCCAGAUUGUAAAACGCGUGAAAAUAUGACUGGAAAAAGAAUAAAAACAUUGCAGUAUGAAAAACAAUUUAAAUAUUGCUUUACUCGAUCACAGGAAGAGAGACAAAUAAAGGAUGAUUGUGAUAUACCAUGGUGUAGUAAUCAAAAUCAGGAUAGAAAUAACGAAAUUAAUCAAACACCCGAAUCAACAGAUCCAGCAACGACAAAUGAACCAGAGCAAAAUGAGGAUAGCCAAAAUAAUGAUGGCUGCAUGAUUAAUGGGAAGCCGAUCAUGGACAGAUAUAUGGCCGUUGAUCGAACGAAAAAUCCUUGUAUAGGCACUUGUGGUAGGGGCAAACGAAAAGAUACACAUGAACCAUAUGCCAUAUAUAAAGAAUGUAAACCAUUUACCGAAGAGGUUGAUUGUGAUACAAAUAUUCCGUGUAUAAAUAAAGCAUUCUGUGCGAAUCCACCCGAUAAAGACAAUUGUGAGCGUGAUGAAAAUAAAAGAAAUCUUAUUUUUUAUAAUGCAACAAAUUGUGUGUGUUCGGUUUUUACGACGAAUUGCACGAAACAGGAAUCAACAAACAUAUUUGAAUCGAUUGAAGAAUGCAAAGAUGCAUGCCCUGAAGAUCUAACGAAUGGCGACUGUAACGGGUUUUACGAUCAAAGGCAAAAACAAAAUCAAAACAAACCAAGGAACAAUUGGAAUAGAUUUAAACAAUAUUGAGAAACUCAACUGAUUACUUAGUGGAAAACAUCGAGUACUUUAAAAACUUGCUUAAUUUUAUUUUUUGAACAAUAUUUUUGAAUAAUAAAGUGAUCUAGUUUUAUACGAAUUGUA